AUGCAUGAAUCAGAUCACGAGACAGGCUCCGCGCCUACCAGGUUGAAGUUGGUUGGAAGCCCGCUGGUAUCCAACAAGGGGGCCAGAAAACCCGAGUCGGCAGCGAGCUCCGAGCUCGGUCACAGCCAUCAGCGCCUCGAUCAGGCCGACUCAACACUACUGGAAGAGCUGCCCAUUUUCCAGAGACACAAUGAAUCAACAGCGAUCGAACUCUUCUACGACCUGUUUUUCGUUGCAAACCUCGCCACCUUUUCCAACAUUCACGAGAUCCAGUCCGUAUCGACAUUGACAUCAUAUAUCGGCUUCUUCUGUGUCUUGUGGUUCACCUGGUGUCUCACCAGCAUGCACGACAUCCGCUUCGUCUCGGACAGUCUGUCAUCUCGAAUUGCCAAGGGUGCGCAUCUUGGAGUCAUGGUCGGCUUGGCUGUAGCCGGACCAAAGUAUGCGUCCGAGGGCCACCCCGCGGAGCUGCGAGUUCUUGCGCUCAUUCUCAUGGUGUCGAGGAUCGUGCUGGCUCUGCAGUAUCUGCUCGUCUUGUUCCAUGUCCGCACAUAUAAGAACAGCAAGUUGCCGCUUGGCUUAAUCGCAGGCUUCUCACUGGCUGCCGCUUUCAUAUAUCUUGGUGUUAGCUUCGCUUCCACAGAAACGGACCACGCAUAUCGAGCACUUUACGUUGUUGCUGUCGCCGAGAUGGUCGUAAAUAUUGGCGUUGCGUCUCAAUGGCGUGUCGUUAGCUUCAAAGGCACCCAUCUGAUCGAACGGAUGAGCCUCCUCACUUUAUAUAUCCUGGGUGAGGGUGUCAUUGACGUCCUCAAGAGUGUGACGAAGAUUUCCCAAGCCCAAGACUAUUGGACAGCCGGAAACAUUGGAACGCUGCUCGGUGCUAUACUUACCAUCUAUCUUUUCUACAUGUUGUACUUCGACACGCUGAACCGUCAUCACUUCGGUUCCAUCAGACAGCAGAUUUGGUCCUUCCUCCACUUCCCCUUUCACGCUGCACUAGUCCUCUGCGUGUCCGGGAUGGCGCAGUUUGUCACUUGGCAAAAGAUCGCCGAGGUUCUUCAGAACUUCUCUUCUGAAAUGAAUAAUCGCGUCGAGGACGUAAUUGACAGGAUUACCUCGAAUGACAGCGCAGAAGCUGUAACGGAUCGAUUCAUCUCGGAGGUCCAACUAGCCAUCAAUCACACCUUCACUGCCUACCCGCCCGAGGAUGCGUUUGAGACCAAUGAGACCAUCAAGGAGUUGGUAGAAACGCUGAAAGAGAAGCUCCUCGACUCUAUCUCAUCAGCAACACCUAAUUUGGAUGAUGUCGAACAUGCCAUAGUCGAGAUUACGUCGAAGGUGUUCACUAGCAUCAUGUCCAAGUACGGCUUGGAGGCUCCGGAGGAGUCUGCUGAGGGUGCCGAGGACUUUUACGGCGACUUGAAUGCUAGGAUCCACGCAGCUAUAUUGUUUUUCGAGUACUUCUUCAUCGCAGCCGGUUUCUCGCUCAUCAUCCUGGGUAUCUUGGGCUUGGUCAACGUUCGAAAGUAUACCCUAGGCUCAUGGCUGCGUUUCGCGACGCACUUUCUCUUCGGGACAGGCUUGUGUCUCGUGUGCUUGCUAGCCACCAGACCCGAUAACGACUGGGCAUCGGCACUGGCGGGGACAGCGUGGCCGUUGCCGAUGGUGGCUCUCGUUUUGCUCAUAGUCAUUUCUGUCCACCAUUUGAGCCGGAGGCGCGAAAAGAGCGUUGAGUCGCAGAAGUACCAGUUCCUACCCAGGUGGCGCAAAACUGAAGCUCCCGCUGUCUAG